GUGUUCGAAAUUCUCUCUCUCUCUCUCUCUCUCCAAUCGUAAAAAAGGACGGAGAGGAAGACUAGGCUUUGGAAUUACAAAGCUCUCGUAAAACCUCUCCACCUUCUUUCCCCCUUAAUCAUUAUCUCGUUUUGAUCAUUUAUACAUCGUUGAUCUUUCAUUGAAAUUCAGUAAUUGUUGCCUUCUGGAUCUCGUUCUCUGCCUUAGAAGUGAAGUAAUUGUGUUUUUUUCAUAUAUAUUUGAAUAAUUUAUUCGUGUAUCUUCGAUUCGGGAUCAAGUUUAGAGAAAAAUCGAAGAUCUGAGCAACCAUGUCGUAUGCCUACCUCUUCAAGUACAUCAUCAUCGGAGAUACCGGGGUUGGGAAAUCAUGUCUUCUGCUGCAGUUCACUGACAAGCGUUUUCAACCUGUGCAUGACUUGACCAUUGGUGUUGAAUUUGGGGCCAGAAUGAUCACCAUUGACAAUAAACCAAUUAAGCUGCAAAUUUGGGACACGGCUGGUCAAGAAUCAUUUAGGUCUAUCACGAGGUCCUACUACAGAGGGGCAGCAGGUGCACUGCUGGUUUAUGAUAUCACUAGGAGGGAGACUUUCAAUCACCUUGCUAGCUGGUUGGAGGAUGCUAGACAGCAUGCAAAUGCAAACAUGACUAUUAUGCUGAUAGGCAACAAGAGUGAUCUCGCUCACAGAAGGGCUGUAAGCACAGAGGAAGGUGAACAGUUUGCUAAGGAGCAUGGCCUAAUUUUCAUGGAGGCCUCUGCAAAAACUGCUCAAAAUGUUGAAGAGGCAUUUAUAAGCACAGCCACAAGCAUAUAUAAGAAGAUUCAGGAUGGAGUUUUUGAUGUAUCGAACGAGUCCUAUGGGAUCAAGGUUGGAUAUGGUGGCAUCCCAGGGCCGUCUGGAGGAAGAGAUGGUGCUGCUGCUCAAGGAGGCGGUUGUUGCAGUUGAAACAUGAACUGAUAAUGUGAACCAAUUCACAUUCCUGUGUUUGUUGACUUGUGGUUGCAAUGGAUCUUCAACGUUCUUUUGUCCUUUGGAACAGACUGUGGAGAACAAUCAGCUUGUGGAGAACAUGAAUUAUGGACAAAUUGUUAAAUAUCAUAAAUGUGUUUUUUUUCCUUGGGAUUGUCAUAUGAUGUAUAAUUCGACAGUCUCAAAUAUUGAAUUUGUAUUAUAACAAACUAUAUUAAGUGCAUCAGGCAGGUUUUAUAUGAUUUCUAUCACUUUGAACAUGUUUACGCAAAGAAUAAUGCUAUUUGGAC